UGGUUCUCAGUUUGACUUUGAUCUUGAUCUGUUUUUUAAUUACUAUUAUAUUUACGAACUAUCUUCUAAAGCCACGGAUAGAAAAUAUAAUUUAUAAUAAUAAUCAAAAAAGCAAUUAUUCGUGCUAUAAAUAUAUUUUUUAAUUAAUUGGUGAUAAUUUAUUUCAUUCUACAAGUAUUCAAAUAUGUUGAAAAAAGGUUUUAAAAUAGCUCUAAUACAAUUAGCAGUGGGCCCAGAUAAGGCAAAAAAUGUUGCAUCUGCUGUCAGUGAGAUACACAAAGCUAAGGAUAAGGGUGCACAACUGGUAGCGCUGCCAGAAUGCUUCAAUUCUCCUUACGGGACAAAAUAUUUUGAUGAGUAUGCUGAAGAAGUGCCUUCUGGUGCUACAUGCAGAGCAUUGUCCAAAGCUGCAGCCGAGGCAGGCGUAUGUGUUGUGGGGGGAACUGUCCCGGAGAGAUGUGGCGACAAGCUCUACAACACUUGCACGGUGUGGGAUGGUAGUGGGAAACUAUUGGCUCAGCAUAGAAAGAUGCAUCUCUUUGAUAUUGACAUUCCAAAUAAAAUAACUUUCAAAGAGUCUGAUGUCCUAAGUGCAGGUGACCAAAUCACCACAUUCGAGUACCAAGGCGUCAAGAUCGGCAUCGGUAUCUGCUACGAUUUGCGUUUUCCAGAAAUGGCUCACCUCAUGGCCAAGCAAGGUUGCUCGCUGCUCGUGUACCCGGGAGCCUUCAACAUGACGACGGGCCCCAAGCACUGGGAGCUGCUGGCGCGCGCGCGGGCCAACGACGAGCAGCUGUGGGUGGCGCUCGUGAGCCCCGCGAGAGACCCCGACGCCGGCUACGUGGCCUGGGGGCACUCGGCGCUCGUGGACCCGUGGGCCAACCUCGUGGCGCACCUGGAUCACAGGCCAGACACUCUUGUCGCCGACCUCGAUUUAAGUUUAGUAGAAGAGGUCCGAAAACAAAUACCAAUUAGAGUUCAGAGAAGGACUGAUAUCUACGACACGAUCCACAAAAAGUAAUAUAAGUAAUGUCAAGCUAUAAACCAAAAAAUAAUCCUUUUUAUAUUAUUACUACGAAAACAAAUGAAACU